AUGACUGGUUCAGUUUCAGUUGAGCGAGACCUUUCAGGCACGUUUCUCAUCACCAUUGUUGCAGCUUCAGCUUUGUUUUUAUCGAGUAAAUUGAGCGAUAGAAAUCUGAAUCUUUAUUUUAGUUCCAGAAUUUAG